AUGCCAACUCUGGAUAUUUCAAAGCUAUACGGGAUCCGCGUCAGAAACGGUUUUUUAAAUUUUCGAUUCUUUAAUUUCUGAUUUUUUUUAUUCUUCAGAUGACGAAACUUUGGAGCCGACUUCGAAAACAAUGCGGUUGAUCGACGCAAUCGAAAUGGCCAUUGGACCGAACGCCUUCUUGGACCUGACCAAAGCCGCAGAAAUCGCACAUUUCGUUCAAAAACUACCGAUCCUUCAUUUUUUCGACAUCAUAUCGGAACGGAAACUUCCAGAAAAAGAACUCCCACUUUCUGUCAGUUUCCGUCACACUCCUCAGAACGUUCUGGUCAAGAAAUGCGAUUAUUAUCCCACUGCUCGAGGAGACAAAACCCUGGCUGAGCAUUACAGGUCACACGACCUGCACCGACUUUCUUAUCCAACUUCCCUCGUCGUUUUCACAAAAACCAUGACCCCAAUUCCUAUCGAAAUUUUGUACAUUCAUUUCUGCGCCGUCCCUCGGCUCGGCUUUCAUGAUUUUUGGCCUCCAGUUGUUGCCGCUCCAGUCAAUCAGGACGUUGAAAGGCCUGGUCGAGUGGCCGUGGUGCCUCUACCUGUAAGACCUGUACCUGUCAGAGGACCUGUUGUGUUUGAACCUGCUCAAAGUGCUUAUGUACCUGGUCGCCAUCCCAACUGA